CUCAGCAGGUGCGCUCGUGUCGUCACUGCGUAGUUAGAACUGCCAGGAAGGAAAAGAUUUCCUCACUUAGUUACCAUGGUCUGUUCGGACGCGGCGGAGCGACUUUUAAACCACUUUUAGCUUCUUUUUUGUACAGUUUCCGCUUUUAUUCGGAGCAGACAUACCGGAGGGAGCAGGUGGAGGCUGAGACGGAGGAACAUGGGGAAAAAACAACAGGAGGACACUCCGGACACCAGCUACGGUGAACCUGCCCAGUUUGACCCAAGCUUUGAUGGACCCAUAAAGAAAAGAGGAUGCACUGAUAUAAUCUGCUGUAUUCUGUUUAUGGCCGUCAUCCUCGGCUACAUAGGGAUAGGAAUUUUAGCCUGGCUCUACGGAGAUCCCAGACAUGUUCUCUAUCCGAGGAAUUCAACUGGGUGGUUCUGUGGCGUCGGACCCAACAAAGAUCGACCAAACUUGUUCUAUUUUGAUAUUCUGAAAUGUGCCUCGUCUAUAAAUGUGCUUGCAACGGCUCUGAAUGGUUAUCAGUGCCCAACCACGCAGAUCUGUGUAGAAAAGUGUCCCUCUGGCUUCUGGGCUGUCAGUCCUCUGGACUAUCUCCCUAACAAACAACCAAAAGAAGUCUUUCAACAAAAUUCAUGUGUUCCAUCAAUUGACCUGGCAAAAACCACUUUGACUGUUAAACAAAUUGUGGACAAAGAGCUCUGUCCUUUCUUCUACAUUCCCACCACCCCAGCGUUGGGGAGAUGUUUCCCUGACAUGCAAGGACUAGGCAGAAUCCCUGAUUAUUUUUCCCAAGUCCCAGGUUUGCCGCCCUCAGUGAAUGAUACAGUAAAACUCAUCAAGAACGGCACUGGGGACAUAAUAAACGGCUUCAGUGUCAGAGACAUUGGUAUCCGGAUCUUUGAAGAUUUUGCAUCAGCCUGGCCAUGGAUUCUUCUUGCUUUAGUGAUAGCCAUGGUGGUCAGUCUGUUGUUCCUGCUGCUGCUGAGGUUCACAGCUCCAGUGAUGAUCUGGCUGCUCAUCAUAACGCUCAUUGGUGCCGGUGCCUACGGAAUAUGGCACUGCUACUGGGAAUACGACAACUACAAGCAACAGUCUGCAACCAUCAGCAACAUCGGUUUCACCACAAACUUUCAGGUUUAUCUGCAAGUCCAGGAGACCUGGCUGGCCAUUUUGAUAAUCCUCUGUGUGGUGGAAGCCAUCAUUCUGCUGACCCUCAUCUUCCUCAGAACCAGAAUCCUGAUAGCGAUCGCUCUCAUUCAGGAGUCCAGCAAAGCAAUUGGUCACAUGAUGUCUUCCCUGAUGUACCCUCUGGUCACAUUUGUUCUGCUGCUGGUGUGCGUUGCCUACUGGGUUGCCACUGCUUUAUACUUGGCCACUUCAGGAGAGCCCAUCUACAAAGUGGUGGCUUUAAAUUCCACGUCUAGCGACUGUCAGCGCAUCAACGGCACCGUGACCUGUGACCCUCAGACCUUCAACUCAUCAUAUUACCCAGAGUGCCCUUCAGCCAGCUGCAUCUUCAUCAACUACAACGAGGAGGGUCUCUUCCAGAGGAACAUGUUCAACCUGCAGAUUUACAACGUUGUUGCUUUCCUCUGGUGUGUGAACUUCGUCAUCGCUCUGGGUCAGUGCACGCUGGCGGGGGCCUUCGCCUCCUAUUACUGGGCCUACAACAAACCAAAGGACAUCCCCAUGUUUCCUGUCUGUGCCAGCUUUAUACGCGCACUCAGGUACCAUGUGGGCUCUCUAGCGUUUGGUGCUCUAAUCCUGACCCUGAUUCAGAUCGUGAGGGUUAUACUGGAAUACAUCGACCACAAGACCAGAUCGGCACAAAAUCCUUGUGCCCGUUUUUUACUGUGCUGCUUGAAGUGCUGCUUCUGGUGUCUGGAGAAGUUCAUAAAGUUCCUCAACCGGAACGCCUACAUCAUGAUUGCUAUUUAUGGGAAGAACUUCUGCGUCUCAGCCAAGAACGCUUUCAGUCUGCUCAUGAGAAACAUCAUAAGGGUGGUGGUGCUCGACAAGGUGACCGACAUCCUGCUGUUUUUUGGAAAGCUGCUUGUGGUUGGAGGAGUAGGUGUUCUGUCGUUCUUUUUCUUCUCUGGCCGGAUUCGGUUCCCAGGCGACACAUUUCAGUCUGAAAAUCUCAACUACUACUGGAUGCCAAUUAUUACCGUGCUGUUCGGCAGCUACCUCGUAGCUCACGGUUUCUUCAGCGUCUACAACAUGUGUGUCGACACACUCUUCCUCUGCUUCCUGGAGGACUUGGAGCGUAACGAUGGAUCCCUGCAGAAGCCAUAUUAUAUGUCCACAAACCUCAUGAAGAUCCUCAACAAAUCCAACCAACAUGCAAAAUGAAGAACAAUGAUCUUUCUUCUUUUUACCUCCACAGAGUUGCUUUAGGAAGGUUUAAGUGUCCAUUUAAUAAGCCCGCUGUGUUUUAUUUCCUCCUUUAAGACAUUUACCAAAACUAAAAUGCUUUUUGCACCUUUUAUUAAUGACUGUGUUUGAAAUUAUAUAUUUACUUAUAUUUAAAGAUGGUCUCUAACUUCUACACUUCGUACUUUAAAUGACCUGCUCCAGACUUUUCACACUGACCCCAGCUUUGAAUGUAAGAUUUAAACUUUGAAAUCAACUCCCUCAAUGUAAUUUUUAUUUAUAGAACAAAAGGGAGAAAAAAUAAAUUAAUGCAGAAUAUUUUUAGAUGUUUUUCUUUUAAAGAUGUUAUUUAAUACUGUAUUUUAUGCACUUUGAUUGCAAUAAGAGUUGUAAAAUAAAAUUGUAAAGAACA